AUGGCCAUGAAGAGGAAACUAAUUUCGGCGCCGUUGUCGAUCUCGCUCUAUGACGAUCUCGACUCGGGCCCCGCCGCAACAGCGACAGCAGCACUGAGCUCUAAAGCCGACUGCGAUGCUUCGGGCGAUGCUUCUGAGCCCAAGAAAAGCCGAGCCGAGGGCGAUUCGACAACGAGCAAUGGUGGCGGGCCAGCGUUGGGCGAGGAAGAGGAAGAUGGAGGAAGAGGCGGUGCUGUUGGUGAACUGCUGAGCGUCUGUGGUUGGCGCAAAGGCGAACGCCAGGACAUGCAGGAUGCGCACGUAAGGCAUGACCACUUCGAUCUCGGCAGCAUCAGUAACAUUCAGCGAAGUGCAUUUUAUGCGAUUUUUGACGGGCAUGCUGGACGUCGAGCUGCCGACUUCGCGGCCCUGCAUUUACCAGCCAGGCUGAAGCGCAAAAUCGAAGCGUGU